GAAAAAGAAUUUAAUUCUUCAGCAGGGAUGGAUCACGAAUUGAAUGAAAAUACGAAUUCACACAAAUGGCAUUAUACCCAUCUUUCAUUGCCAUGUGCUCUUCGAUCCCUAUUUACAUAUGACAUCUCCUUCCCUUCCGUUCAUCUCCCUUGCAUAACUUUUCCUUUUAGGGCCCUUGAGAAAAUUUUAAAGCUCCCUUUUGCAGAUAUAUACAUACACAUUACCAAGAAAAAGGAAAACGUAUAUACGAAUACAUAUACGUACACAUUCAUAUAUGAACACGUGCAAGGAAUCAUUCACUUUUUUGGGGUCUCUUCGAAUAUGGUGGUAGCUUUAUCAGAUUGCUGUCGUAAAGAGAGAACGAGAAUAUAUAAAGAAAAUCUGAUCUGAUGACAGAUGUGUAAUGGGUUCUCUUCUCUUAGAAUUCUUAAAUUGGUUCAGCUAUUCAACGGUAUUCACUUUCCCUUUCAUUGAAGGCUGUGAAAAAAGCACUUAUUCCCGAUUUCCUUUUUCCAGUGAGAAAAAGCUGACAUCCCUUGUCUGUAAAGAGGAAAUAAGAAUGUGUUUAUAGAUAGAGAUAUAGAUUCAAAUAUAUACGUUUUAUGCACGUAGAGGUGGUGGGAUAUAGAGAAUUUUGGGGUGAAGAAUGUUGGCAUUGGUGGGCGGGAGAAGGAAGAGGAGCUGCUAAUUAAAUGGAGAAGGAAUUUGAUUCGAAGCUGAGUAUUCAAAAUAAUGUUCCAUCUUCAGACAAUAUCAAUAACCCUCAGAGAUCUAAGAGCUUCGCAUUUAGAGCACCACAGGAGAAUUUCAGCAUACAAGAUUUUGAUUUAGGCAAGAUUUAUGGUGUUGGUUCUUAUUCCAAGGUUGUCAGAGCCAAGAAGAAAGACACAGAAACUGUAUAUGCCUUAAAGAUUAUGGAUAAGAAGUUCAUCACCAAGGAAAAUAAAACUGCUUAUGUAAAAUUGGAGCGCAUUGUAUUAGACCAGUUAGAUCAUCCUGGUGUAGUGCGAUUAUUUUUUACUUUUCAAGACACUUUCUCUCUCUACAUGGCGCUUGAAUCUUGUGAAGGCGGAGAACUUUUUGAUCAAAUAACGAGGAAAGGCCGUUUGUCUGAGGACGAGGCUCGUUUUUAUGCAGCUGAAGUUGUGGAUGCUCUUGAAUAUAUACAUAGUAUGGGACUGAUACAUCGAGAUAUUAAGCCGGAGAACCUGCUACUUACUACAGAUGGACAUAUUAAAAUUGCUGACUUUGGUAGUGUAAAGCCUAUGCAAGACAGUCAGAUAACAGUUCUUCCAAAUGCAGCAUCAGAUGAUAAGGCAUGUACCUUUGUGGGGACAGCCGCUUAUGUACCUCCAGAAGUAUUAAAUUCUUCUCCCGUAACUUUUGGGAAUGACCUCUGGGCACUUGGAUGCACACUGUACCAAAUGCUUUCAGGGACUUCUCCCUUUAAAGAUGCUAGCGAGUGGCUUAUUUUUCAAAGAAUUAUUGCUAGAGAUGUCAGAUUUCCAAAUUACUUUUCAGCCGAAGCACGAGAUCUCAUUGAUUGUUUAUUGGACAUGGAUCCCAGCAGGCGACCAGGUGCAGGACCUGACGGUUAUGCUUCACUCAAAAGCCAUCCUUUCUUCAGGGGCGUUGAUUGGAAUAAUUUGAGGGAGCAACCCCCACCAAAACUUGCAAUGGAGCCUAAAUCACAGUCUAAUGUGGGUGAGGACCAAGAUUCAUCGUGGAAUCCAGCACAUGUUGGAGAUGUUUCAGCAAAACCAACUAAUGGAAAUACUAGCGCAACAUCAACCUCUGAAGCUGGUAGCAUAACUAGGCUUGCUUCAAUUGAUUCAUUUGAUUCGAAAUGGCAACAAUUCCUGGAGCCCGGUGAAUCCCUCCUUAUGAUCUCCAUGGUCAAGAAACUACAGAAACUAACAAACAAGAAAGUACAACUUAUCCUGACCAAUAAACCAAAGUUGAUUUACUUAGACCCUGCAAAACUAGUGGUUAAAGGGAACAUAAUAUGGUCCGACAAUCCAAAUGAAUUGAGCAUUCAAGUCACAAACCCAUCACAUUUCAAGAUUUGCACUCCAAAAAAAGUCAUGUCAUUCGAGGAUUCAAAACAAAGAGCCUCACAGUGGAAAAAGGCAAUCGAAACCCUUCAAAAUCGGUGAAUACAUGUUUAUGAUGAUGCUAACACAUUCUUUGGAUAUGACAAUAUAGUUGAGAAACAUGGGGAUCGGAAAACAGUUGGAUGCUCCAUUGGAACUUUUUCUCGAAGGUCUUUAGUUCAAGUUACAGAAUUUGUUUCUACAUCUCCUCCAUGAUUUGGCAUCACCUUUUCGUGGAAAAUCUAACUCGAUGGCUUCUUAAGCUACAGGGAUCCACCAUUUUUGCUGUGAAGUGCUUUUUCCAAGGCUUUCAAUUGAUUGCCAUUUGUUUAUAGCAGUGAUUUCUUGAUUGGAUAAAGAUAUUUGUGCUCACACAUUUGUACAAAAUGUUUUACUCACUUCCACAUACACUUGGGCCCCACGUGAAAUAAAAUAUGCCAACAGGUGGCUGCCACCCUCCCAUUGUGAGUGUACGUAAACCAUUUUGUACAAAAGUGUGUACAUCUAUCACUCUUCAAAAUGUGAUAUUUAUGUUGUACUUAAACCUCUAUAUGUUGGUGAAAGUUCUACCCAUUUUUUGUAUUGGGAUUUUCUCUCAUAAUCUUGAAUUUUAUCCA